CGAUCUUCUCUCCCACAAAACACGAUUUGGCGUAUUAACAAAAUCUCCGCAAAAAUCGACCUCUUCUUCCUGUCCCCUUCAAAAAAAAACCAUUCACAUUCAUUUAUUCACAGUUUCACACUCUCUCUCUCUCUCUAAAACCCCAAACCCUUUCCCCUUCAUUUUCCCGCCAUUUCUCGCUCCCCAAACACAGCUCGACGAAGAAGAAGAAGAUGAACGCACUCUAGGGCAUCUCCCCCCUUCACUCUUACCUGCCACUCCAUUUUCCAUCGCUCUCGGAGGAAAAUCGGGCGAUGGUUACUUCGAGAGAUGUACAGGAGAUCGUCUCCAAGCUCUCCUCCGAUAAAGCCAAAGCUCGCGAAGAAGGGAUAAAGUUGUUGAAUACAUGGUUAGAAGGAGAAAGAUCGAUUGCCUUUUGUAAAUUUCUUGGUCAGAACACUGCAAAUCUAAGACCUGAUGAAAUCCCUCAUUCUGAGACAUGGCCUUUUCUUGUUACUUUGCUGAUUCAAUGUACAUCAUUGGAAAUAUCCUCAAGCAAGAGACGAUUGCCGAAAUUGAUAUAUGCAAAAACUCUUCGAAUUGUUGUUCAACGGGCUGAAGAUGCUAAAUUUUCUGGCAAAAUGCUGCCUUUGUUAUCUGCGGUUAAAUCGCUUUUUAAUCACAUAUGGGAUGUCUUAAGCAAUGUUCCAAGCUUUCAGUCCGAAUAUGGGGUUAUUCUCCGGCAUCUUUUGGCUGUUAGAGAUUAUCGUUUCCACAUGAGAAAGCGCAUAUAUUGCAACUUGGUGCUUCUUUACAUGGAGAAAGUGGAAACAAGUUUGGGUGAGAAGAUUGAUGGUCAAUAUAAUCCCAAAGAGGAGGUCUUUCGAUGCAUCCUUACUCUCCAAUCACUUUUGGAAAAUCCUCCUGGAGAUUUCCCUCAUACUUUUAGGGACGAUAUUAUUAAGGGGUUUGUUGGGAUUUUCUCUUACAUAAGGGAUGAGGGAAAGAUUUCACGCAAGCUUAUUGAGUGUGUUAAUACAUUCUUGUUAAAGGAUGGGCCAAAUCUGGGCAGUCAAUCCCUGGAAAUCCAUAGUUCUGUGCAGCAAUUUGUGUUCCGUUGUUGGUUGACAACCCAUGAUCGAGCACUUAAGGAUGCACUUAUUCAAUAUGCCAGGUUACAACUAAAUUUAACUAGAGGUGGUGCUGAUGCGGGUUCUUUGGUAGAUCAACUUUUGGACGUAAUUUGUAAGGAUCUAGAUCAAAGCAAUAUAUCCAGCACUGGUGUGCCUUGGAAUGAUGCCACUAAAGAUGAUAAAUUUGGGACUUUAAAUAGUUCACAAUGUGGUUUGGUGGAACUUGCAGCUGUUGUAUUUUAUCGGGCGUGUAUUGGCACAGCCAAAGCACCAUCAACUCAAAAGCGCCUUAAGAGGGAGCAUGCUUCUGCCCAUUUAAAAGAGGCUCUCAUGAAAGGAAAAUGGCUAUGGAAUGCUGCAUUCUGUUAUCUUACUCACAACUACAACAACCGCAUUAGUAAGGAUCUUUUGGUCUACUGGUUCAAGGGCAUAUGUUCAAACUUUGAAAGAAUUUUGAAUGAUGCAAACAUGGGACAUGAUUAUGAUGGUUUGCUGUGGACUCUACGGAGUUUGCAGGAACUCUCUUCUGUACUGCUGCUUCCAGAUUCAAAGGGGGAGAUAUCAUCUAUAUCAUCUUCUACUUUGAGUGAGUUUGACUGUAGUUGGCAAGUAAUAUGGAGUUGUCUCAUGCAUGGAUUACCAAUGUUCAGCUCAGUAACUGCAGUUGUUGAUGCUGCUUUGGUGCUCCUUGGAAACAUAAUUUCAUAUGAUUUAAUAAACACAUAUAUCAUACCUCAAGACAUAUGGGAUCUUAGGUUAUUUAAAAGAAUGCCAUCAGUGUCUGUUUUGUACUUCAUUUCAUGUUACUUUUCAAGGAAAGGUUCUCAAGGUGACAUUCGUGACAUUUUAAAUCUUAGGAAAAGUCUCCUUAGAGCAGUUUUGGGACAUGCAAACUGGAAGGAGCCUUCUAUAUUAAAUGAUCGGGUGGUAUUAUUCUUGCCUGCAGCAGUGUAUGCUCUAUGUGCUGGUUGUGCUCCUUUUAAGCAAUGCUACAAUGGGUUUCCUCUGUCGUACUCUUUUGUAGAUGAUACUGAGGCCAUACUAGAACAGGUUAAGACAGAAGACUUUGAGCAUGAUAGUCUUCAUGAAGUGUUUGAGUGCUCUGUUGAAGUUCUUGCGAGAAUUGAUCAGGACUGUGGCGUUGAGGUUUCCCCACUUCAAAGCCAUCAGGGUGUACGGCUUCCCCGUCAGUUGAGAGAUCAGCUGCUGCAGGAAAUGGAGACUUAUAUUCUUGGAUCUCUUGUGGACAAGGAAAUUGAAAAGAGUCCUAUUUCAGAUAUAUUCUUUAGAUGCGCGCUAUUUUCAAACUUCAUAUAUGGCUCAUGUUUCACGAGGAAAAGUGAAGAAGUUUCACCAUUUCUCUCUGAAAUGGGCAAGUGCUUGUUAGAGUUGCUAGAUCAUGCUCGUAGUGUCAUUCAAGGAAACUACUCUAAUUUUCGAUCUCUCAGUUGCUUAGGCUCUGACUCCAUUUUUGGUGGAACAAACACUCUGGUUGCGUCCUUACGAAGUUUCAUUUGCUGUCCAAUUUUCAUGAAGUGGAGAGAUCAAGAUGAUCUGGAAGUAUUCCUCUAUGGGUCGGUUAUGCAAUCCAUGGAAAGGCUUUUACAUGCACUGGUGAAACUAUACGAAGAAUAUUCUGAAUGUGUAAGGAACUUCCGUUCUGAGAAUAUCUUGCAGGACUUAUCUGUAUCUGAUAACUCUGUACAAAAUUCUUUUGCAUCUGAUGGUAAUAAAAGUAGGAUCAUGGAUAUGGAGUUGGAUGUGAAUGAAGAUUCCAGAGAUGUGGAUAUUUUAACUGUCGGUGUGAAGAUUGCCACAGGCAUAUCCUUUUCUUCAGAGAAGUGGAAGUUUAGCAUUAUAUCAGUCAUUUCGAGUUUUUUCUCAGUUUUACCUAUUGUUACAUGGGAUAUCCUUUUUGAACUCAUGGGAAAAGAAUCUGAUCAGAAGGUGUGUGAAAAGAUCUUAUACAAUCUCUGUCAACAUCCUUACUGGUCCUCUUCAACAAAAAUUACAGACUUGGUGAAUUUAUUUAAUGACAUGAUUGAAAUGCAAGUGAGUCUUAAGCUCAACUGUGUUAAUAUACUUGCUGCUAUGCAUGGGUUACUUGCUUCUUUAUUAUCCGUGGUGACUGUCAGAAAGGAUAAAUAUGCUGGCCCAUCUUUGGGGGAGAAGGAUUCUAAACAGAGAUUGACACAUCUUGGAGAUCUGGUGAAUAAAGUUGCUGACUUAGAUCUUCUUGACUGGUUUGGUCGUGUUAAGCUGAUUGAUUGCACAUGUGAUUUUGUUUUACUUUGUCCGCAGAUUGGUCAGGCAAUGAUUGAAGGGUUGCUUAUGUUGCUUCGAGAUCCUGAUUAUCGAGUUAGAUUUUUCCUUGCUAGACGAAUUGGUGUGCUUUUCCAAACGUGGGAUGGUCAUGAAGAGCUAUUCCAGGAUAUUUGUUCGAACUUUGGUGUUACAUUGGUGGUUUCCUCAAAAGAAAAACUUGUUACAGCGAGGGAGGUCCUAGCUGCUGGUCCUCAGCCUCAACCCACGCUGGAAACUGUUAUUAUUACUCUAAUGCACAUUGCUUUUUAUAGUGAGAAAGUAGAGCUGGAGGCUGUAUUUAUGAUGUGUGCAGUUGCUGCUAUUGAUCCUUGUCAGAGGGAAUUGGUCAACGCAGUACUUCAUAAUCUAUCCAGACAGCUUAAGUACACAUCUAUGCUGAAGUAUUUGGAGGAACUAAUGGGAUCAAUUCUCUUUUGCUGGGUUGCUUGUGGUGUAAGCUUAGUUGCACUUGUGGAGAUACGUCAACUUUUUGUUUUAGAUGCCGAACCUAGUUAUUUCGUACAGUAUUGUUGCCAUUGGCUUCUUCCAGCUCUGGUCCUACAUGGGGAUAUCUCCAACCUAAGCUGGGUUGCUAAGGUUGCUUGUCACCCGUUGGCAGUUCUGGUCAAAAAUCACUUUGUGCCAAUCUUUGCCAUUUGUAUGGCAUUGCAUUGCAGUAAGAAAUCUGGGUGGGAAAAGGGAGCAGUUGUGCUUCAGAGUUCAAUUUUGCAUCUUGCUGAGAUAUCUGAGAGUGAACGAGACAAACUCAUAAAGAAACAAAUGGUAUCUAUUGUCAGCCACAUUCUGUCUCUAGCCUCUUGUGCAUCAGAUCCUCCGGUCCCUUUAUUUUCCAAGGAUACCAUUGUGCAUGCAGUUCAAACAGUUGUUGAUGGUUUUUUGGAAAUGGAGGACAAUCCUAUAACUGCUGGUGUUGUCGAUAAGAUUAACAUUUUUCGCCCAGAUAGAGUUUUCAUGUUUAUAGUAGAAAUGCAUUAUAAAAUAGCAGCAGCUGUUCAUCAUAGGCAUAAAUGUCAUCGGUUGGCCGGAAUUGAAGUUCUUAUAAAUAUUCUCGGGCACAGAGCUGCUGUUUCAAGUACUUCCAAUUAUCUUUUCAACUUAAUUGGGCAAUUCAUUAGUUCUCACGCUUUACAAGACCAAUGCUGUGGUAUCAUUUCCGCAUUGCUGAGGACUUUUAAAAGUAACCCAUCUGAGGAAAUGAUCAGUGUGCUGGGUGAACAACUUCAGUUUUUGGUGUCAAAAUUGGUGGCUUGUUGCAUUCCAUCAGAAGCUAAUGGGGAGGAUUCUGGAACUAGAUCGUCUCAAGUUUUAUCUUUGUUACUCCAGCUAACUGUAGAUUCUGAUCCAGCCUUUUAUGAUUACAUCAGAGAAUUGGAACCAUUCCCUGAAAUAGAUAUCUUUGAUAAAAUACGAAAGUUCCAUCAGGAAUUAUGCCGUGCCUACUCUCCAAGAGACCACUUAUUGAAGUUUGUGAAGAGAUCUUCCUAUCUUCCACCGAGGUUACUUUUGUGGAGUCUCCAAGCACUGCACAAGAAGUUACUCAUGGGUGAAACUUGUCUGAGUGGAAAGAAUUCAGAAGAUCUUGUGACAGAUAGAUAUUGGAAUGGUGACCAUGAGAUAGUGCAUGCAGUCUGGACUCUUGUCCGUAUGUGUGGUUCAGAUGAUGCUGAUAGUGUUAGAGCAUUGGCUUCGGAUUUCAUUUCUAGGGUUGGUAUUGGGGACCCACAUUGUGUUGUUUUCCAUUUGCCUGGAGAUUCUAGUCACAUUCAUGUUUGCCAAUCAAUUAAUCAUGACACUGCUACAGGAAUCAACUUUCACAUGUUUACUAGCAUUUCUGAUGAACUUUUAAUGGCUAUUUUGAAACUUCUGAAAAAGUACCUGAUGGAUGAUUCUGUUAAAAUAAUUGAUAUGACAUCACAAGCUCUUCGGGGAAUUCUUUCAACUGAAAGUGGUCAAAGAGCUUUAAUGUCAUUUGAUUCUUAUGAGAGGUCUCUUAUUGAGGUUCACUCAAAAGGAAUAAACAUCGAUCUAGUGGAAAAGUUCCUUUUGGAUCUGGAAAGGAAGUUCAAAGCUGGAGCAAUUUCGUUGGAGAAAUCUACUGCAUGGGUGACACAGGGUAAAACCUUUGAGAUGUGGAUUUGUCCACUUGUGUAUGCACUAAUUGGAUAUUGCAAUGAUGUGAUUCUAAGAUUAUGUCAAGAAAUUGUGUUGUUGAAAGCUGAGGUUGCUGAGCUUCUAUUACCAAGUGUUAUUGUCAAUCUGGCUGGUAGGAACGAUUUGGAAGCUGGUCUUCACAAAACUAUCUCCUUGCAGUUGCAGGAACAUAUAUUCACAGAGUCUAAUAAGUUGAUCAAAUCAAUUCAAGUUUUCUUGAAUGCCCUUAAUGAACUCCGAUUAUGUCAUGUCAUGGAAAGAUCUUCUCUGCCAUCAAAGAGGGAAAGUUCUAAGUCUGCAAAGCCUUCAAGUUAUAGCUCAAAAUCCCGUUCCACCACAGUAAAGGCCAGAGAUUUAGUUACUACAUCAAGUGCAGUAGAAAUGGCAACAUCUUUAUGGGACAAGGUUUAUUGGCUUUGCAUUGAUUAUCUUCGUGUAGCUAAAUCAGCAGUUAUCUGCGGUUCAUAUUUUACUUCUAUGAUGUAUGUUGAGUAUUGGUGUGAAGAGCAUUUCAACAGCCUCAUACUGGGGAGCCCAGAUUUCUCCCAUAAUGAAAUGUUACCACUUCAUGUUGAAAUACUAGUCUCAGCAGUCACUCAAAUCAAUGAACCUGACAGCUUGUAUGGGAUCAUCCAGUCACACAAGUUGAUCUCUCAAAUCAUUACCUUUGAGCACGAGGGGAACUGGAGCAAGGCCCUUGAAUAUUAUGACUUGCAAGUACGAUCAGAUGCCUCACUACAAAUGGAUGGUAGUUCCAGAUAUUUGUCAUUGGAAGAAACUCAACCAACAAAUCAUCUAUCGGUAUCCAAACUGGAGGAUGAGAUGACACACAGGAAACCUUAUAAAGGACUGAUUAGAUCUUUGCAGCAAAUUGGCUGUAUGCAUGUGCUGGACCUAUAUUGCCAAGGAUUGACUUCUGGGAAGGGUCAGUUUCAGCAUGAUCUGGAAUUUGCUGAAUUGCAGUAUGAGGCUGCAUGGCGUGCAGGAAACUGGGAUUUCUCUUUACUUAAUGUGGGAGCAAAUUCUCCAUCUUCUAGUCAGCACAUAAGAAGUGACCAUUUCAAUGAAAAUUUGCACAGUUGCUUGAGGGCAUUGCAGGAGGGAGAUUUUGAUGAAUUUCAUAGAAAACUGAAAGAUUCAAAGCAGGAGCUUGUGUUGUCUGUUUCUCGUGCAAGUGAAGAGAGCACUGAAUACAUCUACUCAACAAUAAUCAAACUCCAGAUUUUUUAUCAUCUAGGCAUGUCUUGGGAUUUACGUUGGACAACAUCUUCAUGUGAGAGAAUAAAAUUCUUUCUGGAGAAGCAGAAAGUAUUUUCUGAGCCUGCAAUUCCAACCACAAACCAGUUGUCAUGGUUGAAUACGGAUUGGAAUUCCAUUUUGGAAAGAUCACAGCUACAUAUGAAUCUGUUGGAACCAUUUAUAGCAUUCAGGCGAGUACUUCUUCAAAUCCUUAGUUGUAAAAACAGUAAGAUGCAACAUCUAUUGCAAUCUGCAUCCACACUUCGUAAGGGCUCCAGGUUUUCUCAAGCUGCUGCAGCUUUGCAUGAGUUUAAGUUCCUAUGUCUUGAAGCCACAGAGCAAUACUCAACCUUGUAUUGGCUUGGAAGGCUUGAAGAAGCAAAGCUUUUGCGCGCCCAAGGUCAGGAUGAGAUUGCUAUCAGCCUUGCAAAAUAUAUCAUACAGAAUUAUGAGUUAAAUGAAGAGGCUUCAGAUGUAUAUCGCUUGGUUGGGAAGUGGCUGGCAGAAACUCGAGCUAGCAACUCCAGAACUAUUUUAGAGAAGUAUUUGAAACCUGCAGUUUCGCUUGCUGCGGAUCAGAAUACGACAAACAAGAAGUCUAUCGAAAGACAAAGCCAAACUCAUUUUCAUCUUGCUCAUUAUGCAGACGCUCUAUUUAGGAGUUAUGAGGAAAGACUUACCUCUAAUGAGUGGCAAGCAGCAAUGCGCUUAAGGAAACACAAGAAAAUAGAAUUGGAAGCACUUAUUAGACGUUUGAGAAGUUCAUCAAAGGGGGAGAAGACUGACUACUCUGUAAAAAUACUAGAAUUACAAAAGCAACUUGCAAUGGAUGGGGAAGAGGCUGAAAAAUUGCAGGAUGACAGAGACAAUUUUCUCAGUCUAGCAUUGGAGGGAUAUCAACGUUGUUUGGUUAUAGGUGACAAAUACGAUGUGAGAGUGGUGUUUCGACUAGUUUCCCUGUGGUUCACUCUCUUUUCUAGACAAAAUGUUGUAAAUAGCAUGCUUAGCACAAUUAAUGAGGUUCAGUCUUACAAAUUCAUACCACUUGCUUACCAAAUUGCAUCAAGAAUGGGUAGCUCAAAGGACACUUCGGGGCCACAUAAUUUUCAGUUUGCUUUGGUUUCUCUGGUGAAGAAAAUGGCCAUUGACCAUCCAUACCACACAAUCUUUCAGCUUCUAGCUCUGGCAAAUGGUGACCGUAUUAAGGACAAACAGCGUAGCAGAAACUCAUUCGUGGUAGAUUUGGAUAAAAAAAUUGCAGCAGAAAAUCUAUUAAAGGAGUUAUCAUCAUAUCAUGGAGCUAUUAUAGUACAAAUGAAACAAAUGGUAGAGAUCUAUAUCAAACUUGCAGAACUAGAAACAAGGAGAGAGGAUACCAAUAAGAGGAUGACACUACCAAGAGAAAUACGUAGUCUUCGACAGCUAGAACUUGUACCAGUAGUGACAGCUACCUUUCCAGUUGAUCGUAGCUGUCAGUAUCAUGAAGGCUCUUUUCCUUACUUCAAAGGUUUAGUGGAUUCUGUAAUGGUAAUGAAUGGUAUUAAUGCUCCAAAAGUGGUAGAAUGCCUAGGUUCUGAUGGUCGCAGAUAUCGACAGCUUGCAAAAUCUGGAAAUGAUGAUCUGCGACAAGAUGCUGUUAUGGAACAAUUUUUUGGUUUAGUUAACACCUUUUUACAGAACCAUCGGGAUACAUGGAAAAGAAGAUUGGGUGUGCGUACAUACAAGGUGGUUCCUUUUACUCCAAGUGCCGGUGUUCUUGAAUGGGUUGAUGGCACCCUUCCCCUUGGGGAAUAUCUUAUUGGGAGUACCAGAAAUGGAGGUGCUCAUGGUCGGUACGGAUUAGGAGACUGGUCAUUUCUUAGAUGCCGAGAGCAUAUGACAAAUGAAAAGGACAAGCGCAAAGCAUUUCAUGCAGUCUCUGAGAAUUUCAGGCCUGUCAUGCAUUACUUUUUCUUGGAAAGAUUUUUACAACCAGCUGACUGGUUUGAGAAGAGGCUUGCUUACACACGAAGUGUGGCUGCUAGUUCCAUGGUUGGUUAUAUUGUUGGUCUUGGAGAUCGACAUUCCAUGAAUAUUUUAAUUGAUCAAGCGACUGCUGAAGUUGUUCACAUAGAUCUUGGUGUUGCCUUUGAACAAGGGUUGAUGCUAAAGACGCCAGAGCGGGUUCCAUUCAGGCUCACAAGAGACAUAAUUGAUGGCAUGGGUGUCACUGGAGUGGAAGGGGUUUUCAGGAGAUGUUGUGAGGAAACACUUUCUGUUAUGCGGGCAAAUAAAGAAGCAUUGCUGACCAUUGUUGAAGUUUUUAUUCAUGAUCCCCUGUAUAAGUGGGCAUUAUCUCCUCUGAAGGCUUUGCAGCGUCAAAAGGAAACUGAUGACGAUAUAGAGACAAUCUUGGAAGACUCACAAGAUGAAUGUGAAGGGAACAAGGAUGCUACACGUGCACUGAUGCGUGUCAAACAAAAACUAGAUGGAUAUGAAGAAGGUGAAAUGCGAAGUGUACGUGGGCAGGUUCAACAACUAAUACAAGAUGCAAUUGAUCCUGAACGUUUGUGUCAUAUGUUUCCUGGAUGGGGAGCUUGGUUGUGAUAAAAUCUGUCUUCUUCAGCCAGACGGCAGUCAAUUUUGUACAGGCGGCUUUUCAUUUUGCAGAAUAUUGUUGAGGCGAUUUUCUUUUGUGAUCCGAUUCCUUGUAAUGGUUGUAAAUUGGUGUAUAUAUAACGAGAUACCUGAACAAAUAACCUGUACAGAAGCAGCGUAUAGUUUAAAAUUAUCAUCAGCUUAUUUUUGUGGUAAA